AUGAGCAACUCAGUCCCCGAUCUCGAUGCCGUCGGCAUCAAAGCAGACCCCGAACUCGCCGACCAAUUCCGUCGCGAAGUUGCCACCCUCCUCGGCCGCAAUAAUCUCAACUUCCCCGGCGCGCAACCGGUCAGUUUCUCGACACGGCAUCUAACCGAGCUCCAACGAGAAGAUUACUACGUGUGCGAGAAGACGGACGGAAUUCGAUGUUUGAUGUACUUUGCGCGGGGCGAACCGGAUUCCGACACUCCUGAAAUCCACUACUUGAUUGAUCGCAAAAACGACUACCGCUACGUCCCGGGCUUGCACUUCCCUUUACCGGACGAUGACACGUUUCAGCGCUUCCAUGUCGAUACGCUGGUCGACGGCGAGCUGGUCAAUGAUACCUACGAGGAUGGCACGCAGCAGCUCAAGUACCUUGUGUUUGACUGCUUGGUGCUCGAUGGGCAGAGUUUGAUGCAUCGGACGCUGGAUAAACGGCUCGCGUAUUUCAAGGAAAAGGUGCUCAAGCCGUAUAAUGCGCUAUAUGAUCGGUUUCCCGAGGAGAAGCAGCAUCGGAUCUUUGCCGUGGAGGAUAAAUCGACGCAGUUUAGUUACGGCAUUGAGAUGAUGUUUCGGGAUAUUAUCCCCAAGGUGAAGAAGAUUCAUGGCAAUGAUGGCUUGAUUUUUACUUGUCGGAGUACUCCCUAUCGCAUCGGUACGGAUGAACAUAUCCUUAAAUGGAAGCCGCCCAGUGAGAAUACUAUCGAUUUUCGAAUGCGCUUGGAGUUUCCCCUGCUGGAACCGGAUUCGGAUGAUGAGGCCGAGGGUGUUACGGAACCGUAUUACGAUUAUGAUGCCUUGCCUAUCUUUCAUCUGUUUGUUAUGCUCAAUUCGAAUGAGUACCGCCCCUUCGGGGAGAUGUAUGUCUCGCCGGAGGAGUGGGAGAACAUGAAGGCGCUGCAGCAGCCGUUGGAUGAUGCGAUUGUGGAGUGCGCUCAGGAUGAGCAGGGGCGCUGGCGGUUCCAUCGCAUUCGGGAUGAUAAGGCGGAUGCGAAUCAUAUCUCGACGGUGGAGAAGGUGCUAGAGAGUAUUCAGGACCGGGUGACGGAGGAGGAUCUGAUUCGGGUGGCUCCUGCGAUCAAGACGGCGUGGAAGAAGCGACAGGCACAGAUGUCGGAGCGGGGAAGACCCGGUAGUACGGCGCAGGUUAAUGGGAGUAACGGGGUGAAGCGGAAGUUUGAGGACUAG